GCAGCAGCAGCAACAGCAACAACGUCUGGCAAUGUCAGCUCUGGAAGUCGAUGAAGUUUUGUAUGCCAGCAGUGCUGCAACAGCAACAGCAGCAGCAGCAGCCACAACAGCAGUUGCUGAAAGCAGUUAUCAGCAGCAACAGCAGCAACUGCAGCAGCAACAGUCACGUCUUGGGCUUAACAGCGCACAAAUGUUACGCCAACUGGCCGAUAGCACAGAGCUGCUGCAACAACAGCAGCAGCAACAGCAACAGCAUCAAUCAUUGCAGCAACAGCAGCAACAGCACCACACGCUUGCAACAACGUAUCAAGAACGCGCACCGCCGCCACCAUACAGCGCCACCAACAACAGCAAUAAACAGCAACAAAUGUAUGCCGUCGAACAGCAACAACAGCAACAGCAGCAGCAGCAGCAGCAGCAACAACAACAGCAACAAUUGACCACCUAUGAGCAGUUUUUGAAAUUAUCCGCCCAAGAAUACACGCAACUAAAUGUGGCAGCGGAAAGUGCGGCGCUCAACCUAAGCAGUCUGAGUGCCGCGAAGGCGGUUAAUGCUGCCGGCGAUGAGUUGCAAAUGUUGCGGCACGCAAAUGUGGCAGCGGCAAUGGCAGCAACGGUGGCUGUACACACAGUUCCCACCAACACCGAUGCAACAGCUGGCGAUUAAAAAAGCGAGCAGCAUUAAACAAUUAGCAUUAAGUUUUGUUGUUGAACUGAGUUGAAUCGGAGGCUCACAUUUCCCUCUCGUACAUAAAACUAUUAGUUAUACACGUAAGCAAACGCGCAGGCAGCGAAACACACACAUACAGACACACAAAAUCACUCCAAAAUUCGCAAGGUUGGUAAAAUCUAUAUUCCUAGUUAAUUCAAUUCAAAAAAGUAAAUUGAAAAAAAUACCCUUUUCUCUUCCCAUUCCGUUUCGUAAUUUGAUUGAAAGGUGUGUGAAAUUCUUUUAAAUCAAAACUAGUAUACCCUCUUACCCUUUUGGGUAAAAUAACACAGAUAUUAUAAAAGUGAA